AUGGUAUUUUCAAAGCUUGGGCACCAAAGCGACAAAAAGUCUGCUUCAAAUGGAGCCCUCGACCGUGUCUUCUCCGAUUCAUCAAAUGACGGGCUUGUUGAGCUACUAAUCGACAUUGAGUCACCUCCUUGUGUGCUCUAUGGGUCCGCAACAGAAUCAACGGGGGCACUUCUUAGUGGAUUACUGAAGCUGCGAGUGAGAAGUCGAAGUGAUCAUAUAUCACACAGCGAGCCCUUGACACCCACCACCUCUCACGGGCGUAAAAAAAAAAGCAGCUCUGGGCUGAACGCGCUCUCACAAACGCUUUCUAACCUUUCAUUAUCGAACUCUGCUAUGAGCCCAGUCACGUCGCCUAAGCCAAGCCGAACCUCUUCUAUGAUGUUUACAAAAGUAUCUGUUAAAUCCGUCUCGCUAUCGCUUGUUCAGAAGGUCCGUUACACGAAGCCAUUUGUUGCACAUUCUUCAUCUAUCCAGUCAUGCCUAAAUUGUCGAAUGAAACAAACUGAACUCGCAAGAUGGGAUAUAGUAAAAAAGGAAACGGAAAUACCUGUGGGAGAUCAUGCGUAUCCUUUUUCCCAUCUGAUCCCCGGAUCUGUCCCUGCCACUGUUUGCUUGGGCUCGGAAGCUCACACUGAAGUCAAAUAUGAAUUAGUUGGAGAAGCAACUUACAGGGCGGUACCUUCACAUAACUCUAGGGGAGAGAAAACCAGUACUGUUCAUUUGAAGCUGCCAAUUCCUGUAACCAGGAGCAUUUUAAGAGGACCCGACAAAAACUCAUUAAGAAUUUUCCCGCCCACAGACCUGACAGCAACUGUUGUGUUGCCCAACAUUGUUUAUCCCAAGUCCACUUUCACUUUAGAGCUUAAGCUUGAUGGUGUGUCUUCGGAAGGAAGGCGGUGGAGGAUGCGAAGGCUGAAUUGGAAGAUAGAAGAGAAGGGCCGGGUUAGAUUACAAGCUUGUGCAACACACAAAGGGAAGCUGAAGCAGCUUGAAAAGGAAGUCAAGGAAACAGAAACUGGAAAGAAGCCUAGCAAAGGAAAACCUCUAAAAAGAACACAUGAUGCAGCGCCUCAAGUAACUACAACAGUUUGCACUCUAGAAGAUGCGUUGUCCAUGACCAACGCGCCUGAGGAUCCAAAUGCUCCAGACGAAACAGAAACACAAGAAGAAACUAGUAACCGCAACCAAGGAGAAGACGAUGGCCUUAUCCAUCCAAGUGACUCUGCGAUGCGUCAAGCCAGAGUUGAGGAACAACAGCGUCUGAGGCAAGAAAUGUUGCAAAAAGAACUAUCGGAAGGGACAGCUCUUUUUACUGAGGAACUGCGCACUAUUGCACAUGGGGAAGUUAAAAAUGGCUGGAAAAGCGAUUUUACGGGAAGUGGCAAGAUUGAACUUGUCACAGAAGUAAAUUGUAUGGGACUCAAUUCAGGAGUCUCGAACCCCGUCAACAGAGCAUCAAGCUCAAAGCCUGUUCACGAUAAUGGCAGGCAGCAUGUUACUGUUGCCUGUGAUGUGGAAGAUCCUCACUUGGGCAUAUACGUACAACAUCUGCUAAUCCUUGAGAUAAUUGUUGCUGAGGAAGCUCUGCAAUAUGCCAACGGUCAGCCCCUUCAUACAGAACAUUCUCCAUUAACAAAAACAAGCUCCAAUGCCACUAAUCCGGACCAGAGACUCGCGGAGCUUUCACCAAUGCUUGCUGCCCGAAGCUCUGUUCCUCAAAACAUUAAUGACGAAGCACACCCAAACCAACCAGAACACGGUGCUCCAUCACCACAUAGCGCCUCAAGGCGAAACAGUAACUCUCGUAUUGUUGGGGUUCCCACGGGAGCUGCUCGCGUCUUGCGAAUGCAGUUUAGACUUAACAUUACCGAAAGGUCUGGCUUAGGAAUUUCUUGGGAUGAUGAGGUACCCCCAACAUACCAAGACGUCCGCUUGCUUUCGCCGCCAAGCUACAAUAAUGCGACAAGCGGUAGCAAUACCCCGUUAGUUCAUUCAGACAUGGAUCGCAACGAUUACUCAACGAGAACAAAUUUCAAUAGUGGAAGAAGCGAGUUUACAGAGCUAAGUCGUCCCCCUCAAGCCCAUGCCUAUGACAGCCCAUAUCAGUCUUUGUCGCCAGUGCAAUCACCGCAAUUGGAAAAUGUUGUGAGUAUUCAAGGGAAUGCCCAUCACACACAUUUGCUCACUCCUCAAAACACUCAAGAGGUUCACCUUCCAAGUCUUUCUGAAUUGCUGGAUACUGAUAGAAUUACUCAGUAA